GUGUCGUAAAGUCUUCGUUUACGGCAAGUCGCCGUGUUACCAGUCAACCUUGUGUAUUGUGUGUGCGAGAAGUUAGCAACGGUGUUAAUUACUGUAUAUUUUUAUACAAUAUCAGCAUGCCGAAACUCAGCAAGGAGACCAAGCAGCGGCUGCAGCAAGUUUUCCAAUGUGGACAGUUCGCCAUACGAUGGGGCUUCAUCCCUACUAUUCUAUACCUGGGCUUUAAGAGAGGUGCUGAUCCUGGGAUGCCAGAGCCUACUGUUUUAAGUUUGCUUUGGGGUUGAGACAUUUGGAGACCAAAGUAUCUGUUGUCUGCUAAAGGAAGAGACUUGAUGGAAAAAAACUAUUCGAUUCUGUCCAUUGUGUUCCUCUGCAAACUGAUUGGCUUCGCUGCAGCAUUUGUUUACAUGUAACCAUCAGAUUCUCUAAGGGAAUUUCUACAACUGUGAUUAUGUGUUGCACAUUAAAUGCAGUAAACCUUUUACAAAACA